AACGUUCUCUAAGUAGAAACGCGAAAUGAGGCCUCUUAUUGGUAUCGCGUUCGCCGCUUUUUUGGCACUAUGCGCCUCACAGCAUCCAGAACCGGUGGUUAAAAUUCAGGAUUUGCUAUUUAUUCAGGGAACCAUUGGAUAUACUGCGUGGACGAACCGCACGAUUUAUGAGUUUCACGCGAUUCCGUACGCUCAGACACCGGUUGGCAGUUUGAGAUUUCAGCCCCCGGUAAAAAUAACCAAGAUGAACGGUAAACUAGACGCAACGAAACCUGGAAUUCAGUGUCCACAAAUUUGGGAUGAAUACGUCAAUACGGAGGACGAGGAUUGCCUCACCUUGUCGGUGUAUACCACGAGUCUGGAUGGAAAUCGACCUGUAAUGGUGUGGAUCCACGGUGGAUGGUUCUACUUUGGCGGUGCUCUUGGCUACCGUUCAAAUUAUCUGCUCGAAUCGGACGUUGUCCUGGUGGUGAUCCAAUACCGCCUCGGUCCGCUGGGCUUUCUUUCGUUUAUGAACGAUAAAAUACGUGGGAAUAUGGGUCUCCUGGAUCAGAUAGCGGCGUUGGAGUGGGUUCAGCAGAACAUCGAUCACUUUGGCGGAAACAACAAAGAGGUCACGAUUUUUGGCGAGUCGGCAGGAGGUGCGUCCGUUUCCACAAUGCUGCACAGUCCGUUGGUCCAGGGCCGUAAAGUACCACUGUUCCAUAGGGCCAUCCUUCAAUCUGGUUCACUGUUUUCGCCCUGGGCUAUGGGCGACAACCCCGUGGAAGGAGCACACGAUAUCGCCAAGCGGGCGGGUUGUAACGAUCCUGCUUCCGUUGAGCAGUGUCUUCAGGAGGUACCGGUGAAACGCUUGCUCGAGGCUUUUGGUGCUCACAGGAAAGAAACAGUCAUUAAUCACGGCUAUCCAUCCGUUGCGGGAACGACUGUAGUUGUUGGUGGUCCCUCGCAAGUAUUCCCGGAGCAUCCUAAGCAAUAUCUCUGGGAUGUUCCGACCACGAUACCCAUCAUGUUGGGAGCUACUUCACAGGAGGGAAUAUUUUUACUGCAUGAAAUUGGCAAAUUUCAACCUGAGGCGAUGAAAUCACACUUUAACUCAUAUGAUUUGUUGCGAUUGGUUCGAACGCUCCAUCAGAAGUUUGGUCAGAACCGAUUGGAUGGAGUUCUGGAGGCGUACGAUAUAAUGAGCAGGUUCCUAGUUAAUGGAAUGGAUCGAUAUCGUUGGGAAGAAAUUGUUGGCGGUUUGAUUGAUAUCUGCGGCAACCAUGGUAUCAAGGGACCCGUUCUCACCGAGCUGAACGCAUUCGCACGAGUGAUUCCAGAGAAUGUCUACCUUUAUAGCUUGGAUUAUUCCAACAUACGGACCGCGCGUAAUUUGAGCUACCCUUUUGCGUUGAAAGAUGCCGUUGACCAUGCAGAAGAUUUGAAGUACCUUUUCCCCAGAACGGAGCUGAACGCCCAAGAUACUAAGGUGGCAAAAAUUAUGGUCCAGCUGUGGACUUCUUUUGCAACGAAGGGAAUCCCCAGGGCGAAACAUGUUCAUCACUGGUCACCGGCGAAAGGUCUUUAUGGGCCGUACCUGAAAAUUGAUGCGCAAAGUGCGCAGGGUGAAAACUACAUCGACGAGUUUUCUGCUACCGCACACAAGAACAAGGCGUUGUUAUCUGGAGGCAAACAACCGGUAGUAUCCAUGCAUGUAUCCAAAUUAUAGGGGUAUUCUACUCGGGUCCUUCACAAUACUAGCGAUCGUAAUAAUAAUCACAGCAGCCCUGCGAACUGAACGAGCCCGGGAAGGGAAGAAAAAAAUUGUUUCAUCAGUGAAAAACAUUUGUAGCGUUAAUACGAUUAA